UUAAAUACAUACCUACCUGCUCUGAUAGAUAGAUAGAUCCUUCUAGACCGAGUUACCAAACCUCACUGAGUCACUGAGCAAUGCACUCCACUUCCCCAGCCCAAGCCUCCGACGACACUCAUCCCACUCCCACAAGAAAAACUCCUUCAUGGCACUCAACUCUUCUCAUCUUCUCGGUACUAGCUCCAGUAGCAAUAGCCCUACUCAUUUACCAACUCGACACGCUCAACCCAGCUCCUCUGCCGCUUCACGAGUUGACUCAACCAGUCGCAGCUGCUCCCAAGCGUAAUGCUCAUAUUCUCAAAGGGUCGGAGUUUGUGGGUGCCGGGGCUUUAGUGGCACCGGAAGACGUGGCUUACGAUCCGAAGUCGGGACUUAUUUAUACCGGAUGUGCUGACGGGUGGGUUAAGCGAGUCACGCUGAACGAUUCGGCUGCUGACUCGGUGGUGGAGAACUGGGUUUUCACCGGCGGGAGACCGCUCGGACUUGCUCACGGCGAUGACAAGGAGGUUUACGUGGCUGACACGGAAAAGGGGCUACUGAAGAUAAGUGAGGAGGGAAUAAUUGAACUGCUGACAGAUGAGGCCGAGGGUGUAAAAUUCAAGCUGACAGAUUGUGUAGAUGUAGCAGAAGAUGGUAUGAUUUAUUUCACAGAUGCUUCAUACAAAUACAGCUUGGAUGAGUUCAUUUUGGACAUUUUGGAAGGUAGACCCUACGGUAGAUUUCUGAGCUACAAUCCGCUGACCAAAGAGACCAAAGUGCUCGUUCGCAACCUGUACUUUGCUAAUGGAGUUGCAGUCUCUCCAGAUCAAAACUAUGUCAUCUUCUGCGAAACUGUCAUGAGAAGGUGUAGGAAAUAUUACCUUCAAGGCAGUAAAAAAGGGAGUGUAGAAAACUUUAUCGACCAGUUACCGGGCACGCCUGAUAAUAUCAGAUAUGAUGGAGAAGGCCACUACUGGAUUGCACUGGCCACGGAUGUUAAACCAUACUGGGAUCUAGCACUUCGAUAUCCCUUUAUUCGGAAAGUCCUAGCGAUCGUGAAGCGGUAUGCAGGAGGCUGGCCACAUUUGGAGAAGAAUGCUGGCGUAUUUGUUGUGAAUUUGGAUGGGGAGCCGAUUGCUCAUUACUCUGAUCCUGAGUUGUUUCUCAUUACAAGUGGAAUCAAGAUUGGAAAGUACCUCUACUGUGGUUCCGUCUUCUAUCCCUACAUUAUCCGCCUCGAUCUGGAUCGACAUCCUGCACAUGCCACCACUUGAGCUAAUUCCCAGACUCCCAGUCCCUUGAUAUAAUCUUCAACACGUAUGGAAUGGUGUUGUAGCUUCCGUAGAGGAACUUAAGCAUAGACGAAAGAUGCAAUGGUAGUGUUCGGUUUUAUGUAGAUUUGCCUUGCUUACAUGCAAUAAGGUGACGAAAAGAUACCUUUCAGUGACACUUGUUACAACUUUGUUCAAGAGAGGCUGCCCAAUGCCUUUGCUUUUUCUCUCAGAAUAAAACUUUGAACCUUUCCGGUUG